AUGAUUAUUCCGAUUCGCUGCUUCUCCUGCGGGAAGGUUACUGGAGAUCUCUGGGAGCGCUAUCUAAAGCUGAUAGACGAGGGCAUCACCGAUGGUGAUGCGAUGGAUCAGCUUGGGCUCAAGCGAUACUGCUGCCGUCGCAUGAUCAUGACCCACGUCGACCUCAUUGAGAAGCUGCUGAAGUAUACACCGGACGGACGAAACGAAAAGAAGCUACAACUCGGUAAGGACGAUUAG